GCAACUCCAAAAACCUCUUGAGUUCCUCUUCCUUUGAGCAGAAUCAUUUCCAGAUAGAUACAAAAAAUGGCAUCGUUCAACAAAUUCAAACAAGUGCUAAUGCUGGCAUUCAACUGCAUUCUACACUCUGUUGGUGAUGCUGAUACCUGCCAAGUCACUGUAACACAACCUGGGUUUAAGGAAGCUGGGGAAUCCACACACACUGUGAUCCUAAACUGCACUUUCUCUGCUCUUGGAUGUUCCCAGUUCAAGCCGCAAAUUCUAUGGUUUCGCUUUUUCACUAACAAACAUGAAGAUUUGUGUAUCCCAGAAUGCACAAAUGUUCAGAAGUUCAAAGUACACGUAUCAUCAGAAAACAAUAUUGCACUUGAGAUCAGCGAUCUGACUGUAAACGACAGUGCUGUUUACUUCUGUGGAAUUGCAUUUCCAGAUUCAAGCUCAGCCCGUUCUAAGCAAACAGGGGGUGGAACCGUGCUAGUGAAAACAGGGGCACAGAAGCACAGUACUGCAAAACUCACUGUCAUGACCAUCACCUCAUCCUUACUGUUUCUAUACAGCAUUGUGGUAUUCACAGUCCUUAUACUUGACAAGUUAAAACCGAAACUGCUAAAGAAAAGCAGCAAAGAGGACCAGAGAACAGAAAACUGUAAAAUCAGUAGCGGACGAAAAAUUUUUCAAGCAAUUGCCCAAGAACUUCAGAAGCAGAGGUAUGCUGAACACUGCCAACAGCCUGUAAGUAACACGAAAAAGGAUCAUUUGGAAGAUGACACUGUUUAUCAGAACAGAUGAGUAUGUGCUAUAGUUCAGAUUUGCUCACUAUUUCUGAUGUAACUGAAGAGGCAGAUAAAAUAGUUAACCUUCUUCACAGACUUUGCUUUAAGAAGAGAGGAAAAAAACCUUACUGAAUAGUACUCAUCAAGAGUGUUUUCUAAAGGGAUCAAAACCAAGUGCACUGAACAUUACAUUAUGUCAUACAGUACUUCUCUUUCCCUCUCUGCAAGAAUAAAAACUGUGGAAAAGGACUUCAUCUUUCAUAAGAGACAUGCUUCAGAAAAGUUUUUCAGUUUAAUUGUAUGUGCCUUUUCUUUUUAUAUGAGUUUACGUGCAUUUCUUUUACAUAAAUUGAGCAUUUGUGAAAGAUGUAUGACAAUUGAGAGCAACACAAAAUAAACUCAUUUCCUAGGUGCAA